GAAUUUCUUGAUUUGAAUGAAAUAUAUGAAAUACUGUCUUUAUCAUCAACAAUCAUUAGAAUUGGAAGAACACUGUGUGCAGAUAAUACAAUUACUCAAGCUGUCUGCGUUGGACUGUUUUUUCUUAUCUCCGGAACUGAUCCAGCACAAUUUAAUACUACAGCAUUACCGGAAAUAAUUUCAAAUUGUCCGGGUGGAACUUCAACUCAAACAUUACUUCAUUUUCAUCAAAAUGUUAUUACAGAGAAAUUUCAAGCUUUAGAUUACGGAUAUUUUGGAAACUACAAAAAAUAUGGACAGAUAACACCUAUCACAUAUGAUCUUAAAAAAGUUACUGCACCCUUGGCUAUAUUUUACGGCGCAAAUGAUUUACUUGCUUUAAAAACGAAUGUUCUCGAGAUACAUAGACACUUGCCUAAUGUUAUCGUGCUGGAGGAAAAUCCACAUAAAUUGUGGACUCAUUUGGAUUUUUUAUGGGCCAUUGAUGCUAAAACACUAAUGUACGAUCGUUUGAUAGAAUUACUUCAAGAAUUUAAUAAUUAGACGUAAACAAUCGAUGAUAAUUUAAUAUGCGUCUGAUGUUUCCUUGUUAAAAACAUUACUUUACUUUGUUUAAAAAAAUAUAUACAUUUCUAUCUCUCUC